GAGAUGACCAUUUCUGAGUCAGACAGCGGCCCCUUCGCACCGCAGGACCUCUGCUGUGUCGAGUUUGCUCCAAGUCGAAGAUACUCAGUGAGAAGCUCUUUGAAUAACCUGGAGUGAGUGUGGGAUAACAGUGUGUACCCACAAUGGAGGAAAUCAGUGAUGAAGACUCAGUUGUUAUGCUUUGCUGUAAGGAAGCAGAGGACUCUCCAUCAACACCAUGGUCUGACAGCAAGAGUGACUGUCAGCAGACUGAUGCAAGUGAUAAAGUGCCCUGCCCUACUUUGAGCAGCCAGCAAGUGUCCUCUGCUGGUGAAGAGGAGAGCUACAUUGAGAUCAAUUGCAGAGAGGAAGAAAACAUGCAGGACACAAUGGACACAAACAGCUCAACACCAGGAGCGCAAAACAUAAUCCAUGUUCAUGAAGAACCGAAGACUGAAAGAAUAAGUGAACCUGUCAUAACAUCUGCACACACUAAGACACAACUGGAGAAGUUAUUAGAAGAUCUGGGGCUGGAGCAGCACUACACAGAGAAGCUAUCCCUGAGCACAGUACUUCAGAUUGACGAGAGGACCAUUACUGAUGAACCUGCCAAGUGCCAUUCAGAUCUUCCAUGGUAUUUUCUGAAGAAACUGAUGAUGGUUAAUGUGACAGCUAGGAAUGUGAAAUGUACAUCUGCAUGUGGGUCAAACUGUGAUGAUCCAUCAGGGAAUACAGAGUUAGAUCUUGAUAAUCUGGUCAGCAGCACAAAUUCAGGUGACAUGUUAAACCCCCUUGACAUAAUCACUGCUCUCUUUCUGUGAUCUGAUGAUUUUGUACAACAGGAAAUGGCACUCAAAAUGUCUAUGUGUCAGAUUUCUGUGCCUCUGUUGCUUCCCAAAUGUGACACAAAGCAGUGCACACUCAUGCUUUGGGCCAUGAGAGAAAUAGUUAAAAAGUACAGACCUCAAUCACUUUCAGAGUCCAAAGGCUUCAUUGAACAAAGAAUUGUUAUCUCUGAACUUCCAAUGAUAUCUUUUGUGAGACUGGGUGAGUGCUCCCUGUCCAAGUCAGAGAUCCUCAAUAAGCUUCUGAGCAAUUCUCAGCAGUACCAUGAUACAUUUGUUCACUGUAACAUGGAGUGUGGUGACAGUCCAAGGAGAAUAUCCAAUGGACUGGUUGAAAUGACUUGGUACCUUCCUUGUGGGAACAAAAACAUGGAUAUUUUCAGUGAGCCAGUAGCUGUAGCUAACCUUCGUGGAGAAAUUGCCUCAUUUAAAACACAAUUUUCUUUUUUGUGUCAGACAUCAGCAGCAGUUUUUGUGUUCUUUGACAAUUUGGACUCUGAGUGUGAGCUGCUCACCAACCAACACCACAAGGCACAGAUCUUUUUGGUAGGUAACCAUCAAUUCAAUCACUCCAGUAAAGAUGCUCUUAAAAAGGUAACAACCAAGUUGUGCUUGAUGAAAAGUAACUUACUUUUAAAGACUAAGCAGAUGAAUGAUGCAGACUUUGUCAAAAAUUUGAGAAAAACAGUCAACAAUGUAGUUGAGAACUCAAAGAUGAAGAUGCGAAUUGAGCAGAUGGCUGAUAUUGCUCAUGAACUGGGAAUCUGGGUUGAUGAAGACUCUUCAGAGUGCCAGAGUGCCAAGAAAAAUGCAGAUGCUCUGAGUGAAGAAAUUCAAGACAUCUUUAAAUACAAAGACACUCAGCUACCCUUGCAAGGCCAAAUAUGGAAGGAACUGACUCGCUUAGAGAAGGAACAAUUUCGACUUCGAAAUGUUGGGUCCCAGAACAUAGAAAAAUACAAAAGUGACCUUGAGAUACAGAAAACAGAACUUAGGGAUAAACAGAACUCUUGUGACAUGUCAAAUGCAAUGACAUGUUUUAUCAACGCAAUAACAAGACCAGGGAUAGAGAGGUGCUAUUUCCUGAAAUGGAUGCGAAUGAACCUCGAUAACAUAUCUCGAGGAAAACUGUCCGGCCUCCGAGAGCAGUACAAAGAAAAAUGCAAAAAUUCUGAGAACAAAGAGGAGAUCAAAGAAAUUGACAGACAACUCUGCAACAGCUCACUGGGGACUGAACACUUCUUCCGUGAAAUGGGUCAGAUCUAUGAGACUUCACUGUCUCAUCAAGAAACAAACCCAUCACGAAAACAGUUACAACAUCUGCCCAAACUAUGUGCAGAAUUGUUACUUGAUGGAUUUCCCCUUGAGCUUGUAGAUGGAGAUGCCUCCAACAUACCUCUCAGAUGGGUGAGUGACGUCCUCUCUCAGCUCAAUGGCUUGGUGUCUCCUAAGAACAAGAUACUGGUGGUCACAGUUCUUGGAGUUCAGAGCACAGGAAAGUCUACUCUCCUCAACACCAUGUUUGGAGUGCAGUUUGCAGUCAGCAGUGGGCGAUGCACUCGAGGUGCCUUUAUGUUGCUCAUCAGAAUCAAUGAAGAUGUUCAAAAAGUCCUCAAUUGUGACUUCAUGGUGAUCAUUGACACUGAGGGCUUAAAGUCACCAGAGCUUGCACAACUGGAUAAUAGCCAUGAGCACGACAAUGAGCUUGCAACACUUGUUGUGGGGCUGAGUGAUAUCACCAUCAUCAAUAUCGCAAUGGAGAAUUCAACUGAAAUGAAAGACAUCCUACAAAUAGUUGUGCAUGCUUUUCUCAGGAUGACAGAGGUGGGCAAAAAGCCCAAAUGUCAGUUUGUCCACCAGAAUGUGUCGGAUGUUUCAGCUCAUGAGAAGAACUUACGAGACAGGAAACUGCUCUUGCAGCAGUUAAAUGAGAUGACCCAGGCAGCAGCCAAAAUGGAAAAGAAAGAGGAGAACAUGAGCUUCACUGAUGUGAUGGAGUACAGUCCAGACACUGGGAACUGGUACAUUCCUGGACUCUGGAAUGGAAACCCACCAAUGGCACCAGUCAAUGCAGGGUACAGCGAAGCUGUAUAUGAGCUCAAGAAAAAUGUCAUCCAAAUUUUGGGACGUUGUGAGUCAUCAGCUAAUAAUAUCUGGAAGUUUACAGAGUGGAUGAAAAACCUGUGGAAUGCAGUAAAGCAUGAAAACUUCAUCUUCAGCUUCAGAAACAGACUGGUGGCUGAUGCAUACAUGAGGCUGUGCACAGAAUUCAACAAAUGGGAAUGGGAAUUCAAAAAAGAAAUGUACACAUGGGUUACAAAUGCUGAGACAAGAAUUUCCAAUUUUGGCAUGUGUGUGGAAUCUGAGAUACCUGACAUGACAGAUUUUCUCACUCGUUUGAAAAGUGAAGUGUGCACAGUGCUGACGAAAUGGGAGACAAAGCUUCUUGACAAUUUGUCACAGUACUUCAAGCAAACAGAGGGUCACGUCUAUCUAGUUGAAGGAUACAGAGAAGACUUUGCAAACAGUGCAAAGACCCUUCGACGAGAAAUGGAGAGCUCUGUGUUUAAUCAACUCACAGCAACAGCUGACAUCAGACAGGGAAUGACAGAACUUAAUAGAAUCAAAGAAAACCACACAAAAGAAUUAGAGGGCAGAGUGUGUGCACUGAUUGAACAAUGUCGGAAGAAAAAUGUGGAGAUGACAGAUGAAGAGCUCGACAAAGAAUUUGAUAAGAUGUGGAACAAAACAGAGAAGGAACUAAACUUCUCAGAAAUAAAUGUCAAGGACAUAUACACCAGUGUGUCUUACCACCUGAGAACAAAUCUAUCACACAAGGGAAGUCAUUCAUGUGAAUUGUUAAGUGAAAAGAGGCUGGAAGAUUGUGGACUUGUGCCUUUUAAAUAUACAGCUGAAGGAUUCUACAACCGAUUUAAAGAGAAAAUGAGCAAUAUUUUCCUCAAUCCAGGUCACACUAAGGCUGUACAACAAAUUGCUGACAGUAUCAUAGCAGAUUGCACACACUUUGUCAGUGCAAUACUGGAAAGAAAAAGCAAUUACCAUGACACUUACAUCCAGGAGAUUUUAAAGAAGAUUGAUGAGAGGCUGCAAAACAAUAAGGAAGUGAAGCCCGACACUGCGUUUGAAGUUUCUCUGAAACAGCACAUCUGUGGAGAUGCAGCCAGACAGUUUCAGAUCAUGCAUGAAGAUUUCAUAUAUGAGAAUGAUCCCUACAGGUGUCUGAAUGAAAACAAAGAAAGGUUUCGCACUGAUUUUAAAGACUUGUUCCAUGAACGAGACCAGUGCCAGAAGAAGGCAGAAGAAUUCACAAACAGCUGCCUGAAGCCUGCAGUAAAAGACUUUGUCAAGCGUUCCUUGGGUCCUGAUAUCAUUGGUGAAAUGAUGACAAGCCAGCAGUUCAGCACACGAAUGUUCUUCCAGUAUACAAUUUUACUGGAUUUGCUCACAAAGAAUGACUUUGAUGAAUAUUUAGACUAUAUUCUCUCAUAUGAGCCUUAUGCAAGGAAACAGAUUGUCGACCAAAUAGUAAAACGCUUCUCAAAAGGGUCUACCAUGUUUGAGCUUGAGGAUAAACAUGUUCAGUCAAGCAUCAGGAACAUAACUAAUGCUAUCAACAGAGCUAAAACAAAAAAGAAUGGCAGCUUGAAGACAUUUGUUGAAGAUAUCUGUCAGGAACUUGGUGAUAAACUGGUCAUUCCUCAGGAUGCUCUUGGUGCUUUCAUGAUCCUGAUUAAUGCCGACCCGGAGCAGUUUGCUUACUGGCUCACAAAGUGUGUGAAUGAGAUGGCACCACCUCUUCGAGAAAAGUUUAAAAACACAAGCAUCGACAAUAAACUAUUAAAUGUUCAUGUGAAGCCUCACGAGGAGCUUUUCACUAAACUGAUUGGAUGUGGUAAACACUGUCCAUUCUGCACAGCGCCUUGUGAGGCAGAAGGAAAAGAACACACUGAGCACUGGUCAUCACUACAUCGGCCACAGGGUCUGGGUGAAUUCAGUUGGUACUGGGGAAAUGAACUUAUCACUGACAUAUGCUCUUCCUUGGUGAACAGUAGGAAACGUUUCUGCUGCAGUGUUACUAAAGGUAAAUGGCACCGUUACAAGCACUACAAAGAAAUUUUCCCAGACUGGAAAAUUGCUCCAGAUGCAAGCCUUCAGGCAUCAGACUACUGGAGAUAUGUGAUGACAAAGUUCAACGAAGAAUUUGCCAAAGAAUACAAAGCAAAUCCUGCUGAUAUUCCUAAAGCUUGGAGAAAUAUCACAUGUGAGCAGGCAGAAAAGAGUCUCAAAGAGUCAUUUAACAUCAAGUGAGAGACUACUUACAUUGCCCUCACUUGCUUUAAGUGCACACAGGUAUGUGUUCUCCUUACUUGUUUUAUAUGACAUAGACGGGAAUCACAAAUAGUUUAGGGGUAAGAUGACAAGGUUGAAGAUAUUGUCAGUACACUGGUAUUUUACCACAGCAGCUUGUAACACGAACACUGGAGAAAAACAUUGCAUUUAGUGCUCACCUUUACCUGAGAUUGCGAUUUUUGUGUUUAAUAAAAACACUCUGCUUCAACUCUGUUUUAUGUUGAUGAGGACACUUAAAAAUACUUUAUGAAAUUUUGAGUCAGUGAACAUGUUAGGCAGCACAUGUUAGAAACACACAAAAUGUUUUUGAGUUAAAUCAGAAUUUAUGAUGUUUUUGUGACAGAUGAAUGUUGUACUGUAAAUGAAAUGACACAGAGUUAAUCAAAUACGAUAUGAUAUGUUAUCUUUUAGUGAAAGUUUUUGUUUCUGUGCAGUCUUUAUGUGGUAUUGUCAUAACAAGACAGAAUAUUUUACCUGAUUAAGUAUGGUAUGUGAUUGUUCAUGCAAAGUUAGAUUCUCUGAAGUAUUGUAUUUGUGCAGUAUCUGCUGCAAAAUAUUUACAUUUCCAAUGUAUUAAAAGAUUAUUCAAUCUAAA